UUAUAUUAGAUACUCUCCAUCAAAAGGCCAAAUUGCGCUGGUCUCAAACCCCAGUGUGUUACAGAUAAAGUAAUGGCGAGCGAAGAAGAGAUUGCAGUGAAAGAGCCUUUGGAUCUCAUCAGACUUAGCCUCGACGAGCGUAUCUACGUCAAGCUCCGAUCCGACCGAGAACUCCGAGGCAAACUUCAUGCUUAUGAUCAGCAUUUGAAUAUGAUUCUUGGAGAUGUUGAAGAAAUUGUUACAACUGUAGAGAUAGAUGAUGAAACUUAUGAGGAGAUUGUUCGGACCACAAGGCGCACUAUUCCUUUUCUCUUUGUCAGAGGAGAUGGCGUGAUACUGGUAUCUCCUCCACUUAGGACAGCUUGACCUAGAAGACUAAAUUUAGAGUGCAUUCCGAGAGGAAGAGUCACCUGUUGCCAUAUAAUUACUGCUUUCUAUCAUUUGUCUCAACAUUUUCAGCUUCUUGCUACAUUUACUUCAAUCUGAUUACAUAGCGUUAUGUGAUAGACUUGAUGAUUGAUUAUGUAUAAUCUACUAAUAUUCUGAAACUUAUUUAAUUGGUUGGCCAAAUGUUGAGAUAAACAAGCUGUCAUUGUAAUUGGUGAAGUUGUCAAAUUGUACCCUUUAACAGACCCUUCAAACUUCUUGUCUACAAUAUUCAGUGACUUGGCCCCUAUUCUGGAUGUUGGGAUGUGUGUAACUUCUGGAGACUUUUCCCCUUCA